AUGUCGGGCCGAGAUGUUGCAUAUGCAUCGGCUUUGGACUGCGUCGAAUCCCACGCUCCCGAGGAGAGAAGCCCCCAGCCCCGGAGCACCUCCAAGGGGAGCCUCUCGUUCUGGCCUGCCCCGGCUCCAGCUCCCAAAUCGUCGUCGUCUGAGAAGAAAGCCCUCGACUCGCCUGCCCAUAACCCUUUGCCUCGCCAACCACCCGGCCUCAUGCAGCGCCUCAAAGAGGCGCUCUUUUCUCCCCAUCCGCACCGCUUCUCGCCAGCAUUUGGCAUCAGCGAGAUUGCCACCAAGCUCCAGACACAACGAUCGUCACAGCCGCAGCCGAUUCCCUCGGUGCUUGUGAACCUUGGCCUGCCCGGUACCGACAUCUCACCGCACAGCCGCCCCAGAGCCGCCGCCUCGUCGCUCACAGAGGCGGAUCUCCGCAACCCUGUUCUCACAGCAAUCGUCUCGCGCAGCCACCUGGCCGACGAGAAGGACGAGAUCAGCCUGCAGAUGGGCGACACCGUCCAGGUCUUCAAGCUCUUCGACGACGGGUGGUGCUAUGGCGCCAGGAUCCAGGCCGUCGGCCAGACAUCGACGGCCGCACUGAUCAAGCCGGGCAUGUUUCCGGUGUCUUGCCUGGGUCAGUUGCGGCCCUGA